CUUAAAACAGUUUUAACUGUUAAAAGUGUAUGAGGAUUUAAUAAAAAACUUAAAUAGAGUGACUCGGUUUCAAACAAUAAAUACUUUUUUAAUAUUUCUUAAAAAACAUUGUUGCUUAACAUACUUUAUAAUAAUGGUUAACAACUGGGUUUCGUAUCCGAAUCCAGCGCCAGGGGAAGAAAUUGUUAUUUGUGGUAUUUCUGGUUCCUUUCCAAAAUGUGACAAUAUGGAUGAAUUGAAGUAUAAUUUAUAUAAUGGGGUCGACAUGAUAACAGAUGAUAAUUCGCCGACACAUCCUGAUGUACCAAAACGGUAUGGUCGUGUAAAACCACAUUGUCUCAGCGAGUUUGACAAUCAGUUUUUUAAUAUACCCAACGAACAGAUUAUCUCUAUGGAUCCAAUGAAUCGUAUCUUAAUGGAGAAAGUAUAUGAGGCCGUAAUUGAUGCUGGAUUAAAUCCCGAAGAUUUACGUGGAACAAAAACUGGUGUCUAUACAGCAUCUUCAGCUUCUGAAGCCGAUGUUCGAUGGUUUUUUUCAUUUGCGGAUAUUGAUGGCUAUGGAAUGAUUGGAAAUAAUAAAGGUAUGUACGCAAACCGCAUAAGUCAAUGGUUGGAUGUACAUGGACCGUCGUAUAAUGUGGAUACAGCGUGUUCGAGUUGUUUAUACGCUGUUGAACAUGCGUAUAGGGAUCUGAGAGCUGGUAUUGUGGAUUAUGCAAUAGUUGGUACUGCAAAUUUAUGUCUAUCUGAACUAACAACAUUACAAUUUGCACGUUUGAGUUUAUUAGCAAAGGAUGGAGUUUGUAGAGUAUUUGACGACAAAGCAACUGGCUAUGUAAGAUCUGAAACUAUAGGAAGUAUGGUUUUAAUGCGUGCCAAAGAUGCUAAACGUAUUUAUUCGUAUAUUGUACAUUCAAAGAAUAAUUGCGAUGGAUAUAAGCCUCAAGGUAUUACUUUUCCGUCUGCGAAAGGUCAAUCCCAAUUAAUGAAUGAAUUCUAUAAAGAAAUUUCCAUUUUACCGAACGAUAUUAAAUACGUUGAAUGUCAUGGUACUGGAACCAAAGUUGGAGACGUUGAGGAGUGUAUUUCAAUCGAAGCAAUAUUUUGUAAAGACCGCAAAUCUCCAUUAAAAAUUGGUUCAGUCAAAUCAAACCUUGGACAUUCUGAACCAUCCUCUGGAUUGUGUUCAAUUGCAAAAUGUAUUUUAACAAUGGAGUCUGGUUUGAUACCACCAAAUUUAAAUUAUUAUACACCAAGAAAAGAAAUUCGAGGAUUAAUUGAAAAGAAAUUUGAAGUUGUUGAUAAAAUUACUCCCUUAGAAGGUGAUUAUAUUGCUCUAAGUGGAUUUGGGUUUGGUGGAGCUAAUUCACAUCUAUUGUUGAAACGCUUCAAAAAAAUGAAAAAAAAUAAUGGCUGUCCAUCAGAUGAGUUACCACGACUUAUUUGUGUAUCUGGCAGAACUCAGGAAGCUGUGAAUUCAAUUAUCCAUGAUUUAGAAAAACGUCCAUUAGAUGAGGAACAUGUUCGAUUAUACCAUGACGUUUAUCGUAAAAAUAUCAGAAAUCAUGAUUUUCGAGGAUAUGCCAUCUUACAAAAAACUGAACCGCGGAAAAUUGGCCAUGCAACGAAGUAUGUAAAGAAUGUAACAUCACCUACUAUUUGCUAUGUGUUUAGUGGAAUAGGAAAUCAAUGGACUGGUAUGGGUGUAAGAUUAAUGGAAAUACCAGUAUUCGCGGCAACAAUGCAUAAAUUGAACAAAUGUCUGGAUCCAUUUUGUUUAAAUAUAGUGCAGAUUAUUACUGAUACAAACUCAAAAAUUUUUAAUAAUCCUUUAUACGCAAUUCUUGGAACUACAGCGAUACAAAUUGGUUUGGUUGAUGUAUUAAAAGCAAUUGGGAUUGCAGCAGAUAAUCUGAUUGGUUAUUCCAUUGGAGAAAUAGCCUGUGCGUAUGCUGAUAAUUGUUUAACUGCUGUGCAAGCAAUUUUAGCUGCUUAUUAUUGUGGUUUAGCAUCUUUUGGAUCCAAUAUGAUUGAAGGAUCAAUGGCUACGUUUGAUCUUAAUUCAAAUGAGUUAUUAAAUGGCAAUUCAGCAGAAAUUAAUAGUGUUGGACGUACUAAUGAAAGAAAUAAUAAGGUUAUUUCUGGGUCUGUAGAUAUGUUAAAAAAUACUUCUGCGUCGAUUAAAGAACGAGAGUUACGAAAAGAAUUAAUCAAAUUAAUUCCAAAUCCAAGGCCCAAAUCAAAAAAAUGGAUUAGUUCACAAACAAACAUGAAAAAUGAUACCAGUGAUGAAUCAUGUACAGCAGUCUAUCUAGCAAAGAUUAUGCAUGCAUCAGUUAAUUUAAAAGAAAAUUUUAAAAAUAUCCAACCAAAUACAAUGAUUCUUGACAUAUCACCAGAUAAUGGAUUGGUGAAUAUAUUAAAAGAUGUUGACGAUAAGAGCAACAUAUAUGUUGGAUCGUUAUUGCAAAGGAACGAUAAUAAUUUAUCAACAUUUUUAAACACAAUUGGAAACUUAUAUACAAAAGGGUUUAAUCCACAAUUAGCAAAAUUAUAUCCAGAGGUACAAUUUCCAGUAAGUCGUGGUACACCAAUGAUUUCGCCUUCUGUAAAGUGGGAUCACACAAGAAAGUGGCCAGUACCGAAAGAAGGUUAUAGUUGUAUGGAAAAAACGUUUGAAAAGACUUUUGUCAUUGAUGUGAAUAAUCCAAAAUUUCAAAAUCUUACAGGCCAUGUAAUUGACGGCCGUAAUCUUUAUCCAGCAACUGGUUACUUAACUCUAGCAUGGGAUGCUUUGACAGACAUUGAAGGAGAAUUAUUAGAAAAUGUAGCUGUGGAAUUCGAAGAUGUUCAAUUCUUACGGGCUACGAACAUACCUAAAAACAGUACCAUAAAACUAACAAUGAUGAUACAAAAGGGUACUGGAAAUUUUGAAAUUUUAGAAAGUGAUUCAGUUGUAGUCACAGGUCGAAUUAAGCGUAUACCUCAUAAACCCAAUAAAUUACUAAAGCUGCCUGAAGUAAAACCAAUUAUCAACGAUAAUGAUAAGUUACCUUUAAAUUCACGAGAUAUUUAUAAAGAGUUACGUUUACGUGGCUAUAAUUACCAACGUGACUUUAAGAGCAUUUUAUCAACGGAUAACAGUUGUAAUGUUGGACAAAUUGAAUGGAAAACAGGAUAUUGGGCUCCGUUUAUGGAUAAUAUGUUACAGUUGCAAAUAUUACAAGAAGAUGCUAGAUUUUUGUAUGUACCGACAAGUAUACAAAAAUUGACAAUUUACCCGCAAGAUCAUUUUGAAUUUAUUCAAGAACACGAGGAUGGUAAAUGUUCAAUAACGGUCACAAAUUACAAAGACUAUAAAGUGCUACAAGGAGGCGGUAUACAAAUUGAGGGCUUAAUGGCAACAUCUAUAAAUCGAAGGAAGCCAUUGGGUGCAGCAGUUCUAGAAAAGCAAGAGUUUAUUCCGUUAACCAGUUCCAUUUCACAAAAGUACACAGCUGUUGAUGCUAUGCGAAUAUUUUUCCAAUUGGGCUUAGAAAAUCAACCUAAUGUUAAAGUAAAAGUCGUUGAAGUUGAUAAUCAACUUAACGAUAUAUUAGCACCUGUUAUUUUUGAAGUUCUCAGUGACCUGCCAUUAAUCCAACCAGACAUAACAGUUCUUUCAAGUCGAACGUUUCAACUGCCAAAUAAUUGUCAAGUCUCUGAUAAAACAUUGGAAUCUGAGUCCAAAGCUGAUUACAUUGUUACAUUUGAUUUACUAAACAAUCCAGAUAAAAUACCAGUCAUUAGUAAAGUUUCAAAGGAUAUCAAUAGUUUUGUAAUAUCACGGGAAAACCCUACAACGAAAACUUGUGAUAUACCGGGUUACAAUAUACUCUGUGAACUGUUUACCGAAAAUGAAAAACUAAUAAUGUUACGUAAGCAGAAGUUAAAUAUUAACAAACCAGAAAUAAUAAAAAUUACAAAUGAUCUUGAAUUCCCGUGGCUAGAAAAAUUACAACAUACAAUUAAAUCUAAGAUACCUGCAAUUUUAUAUUCACAAAAUGAACCAAUAAGUGGCAUAAUUGGUUUAAUAAAUUGUUUACGAAAAGAGUACGUCAAUAAUUCAAUUCAAGCUGUGUUUAUAAAUGAUAAAAAUGCGCCAGAAUUCGAUUGCAAUAACCAAUUCUACAAGACACAACUAGACCUAGGUCUGGCUGUAAAUGUGUACAAUAGUGGUGUUUGGGGAGGAUAUCGUCAUUUGAAGCUAUUAGAAACAAAAACAAUGACUGACACAGCUUUUAUUAAUUGCACAACUCGUGGAGAUCUAUCGAGCAUGUCUUGGAUAGAACUACCGUUAUCAACAAAGCCAAAAAGAAUCAUAGAAAUUUGUUACUCGGCAUUGAAUUUUCGCGAUAUUAUGACAGCCACAGGCAAAUUGGGCAUUGAUUUUAUAGUUAGAGCUAACGCUGAUCCUGAAUGUAUUUUACCACUAGAUUGUGUGCAAGGUUUAGAAUAUUCUGGAGUUGGUCCGGAUGGAAAAUCGUAUAUGGGUUUAGUUGAACGCUCUGCACAAGCAACACGUGUUGAGUGUGAUGAAGAUUUUAUAUGGCCAGUACCAGAUAAUUGGUCCCUAGAAGAUGCUGCAACAGUUCCUGUUGUCUAUUCUACUGUGUAUGCAUCGCUUGUUAAAUAUGGCAUGUCUAAGGGUCACUCUGUGUUAAUUCAUUCUGGAACAGGUGGUGUUGGUCUAGCAGCAAUACAUGUUGCGUUACAUUAUGGUUGCGAAGUAUUUACAACAGUUGGGACGCAAGAGAAACGGGAGUAUAUACGAAAACUCUUCCCGCAAAUUAAAGAAAGUCAUAUUGGAAAUUCACGUGAUACAUCCUUUGAACAAAUGGUUAUGAUUGAAACAAAAGGUCGAGGUGUCGACUAUGUGUUGAAUUCACUAGCUGAAGAAAAACUACUAGCAUCAGUACGAUGUCUGGCUGAGCAUGGGAAAUUUAUGGAAAUAGGUAAAUUUGAUUUAUCCAAGAAUAAUAAACUUGGAAUGGAAGUAUUUAUGCGUGGAGCUUCAUUUUAUGGAAUCAUGUUGGAUAAUACCAUGCAUUCGACGCCCGAGGAAAAAAAAGUAAUACGAUCAAUGGUAUCGAAAGGCAUUCGAGACGGUGCUGUCCAACCAUUGCCAAGGACUGUAUUUGAAAUAGAUAAUUUAGAAGCUCCAUUUAGAUAUAUGAGUGCUGGUAAACAUAUUGGUAAAGUAUUGAUAAAAAUUCGUGAAAAUGAGGCUCAAAAAACUGUUAUGGUACCUGCUAUUCCCAAGUUAUAUGUAAAAAGAAACAAAUCUGUGGUGAUUAUUGGCGGUCUUGGUGGCUUUGGAUUGGAGUUAGCAAAUUGGUUGAUUCAGAGAGGUUGCAAAAAUUUAAUUCUUUCAUCAAGGCAAGGCUUGAAAAAGGGAUACCAAUCAAUUCGAGUACAAAAAUGGCGCUCUGCUGGUAUUAACGUACAAAUUUCCACUGCAAACAUUUUAACCAAAGAAGGGUGUAUAGAAAUAUUGCAAUUCGCCAACCAAUUUGGACCAGUUGAUGGUAUUUACAACUUAGCUGUAUUAUUACGUGACGCAUUGUUCGAAAAUCAAACAACUGAAAAUUUCCAAAUAUCAUUUGGUGGUAAAGCAUUGGGUACAAAAUUUUUGGAUGAAGUAAGCCGUACAUUAUGUCCAGAAUUACGCCAUUUUGUUGUAUUCUCAAGUGUAUCUUGCGGACGGGGAAACGCUGGUCAAACUAAUUAUGGUAUGGCAAAUUCUGUAAUGGAGCGUAUAUGCGAAGAACGACAUGCGAGUGGAUACCCUGCACUUGCUAUACAAUGGGGCGCCAUUGGUGAAGUAGGUCUCGUCGCCGAUAUGCAAGAUAAUGACACAGUAUUAGAAAUUGGUGGAACACUUCAACAGAACUUAAACAGUUGUUUUGAUUCCAUGGACAUUUUCUUGAAACAAAAAUCACCAAUUGUUGCAAGUAUGGUAGUUGCUGAAAAAAAGUAUGGGCUUAGUGCCGGUGGAAGUAUUUUGGAAACUGUUAUAUCUAUUAUGGGUAUACGAGAUUAUACAACAGUCAGUAAACAUGCAAAUCUAGCGGAGAUUGGUAUGGAUUCAAUGAUGGCAGUUGAAAUUAAACAAACAUUAGAAAGAGAAUUCGAGCUCUUCUUAACACCACAAGAUAUACGAAAUUUAUCAUUCUCGAAAUUAAUCGAAAUACAAAAUCAACGGAACGAUAAUGCUGAAUCAGAUACUACAACGAAAGGAAACUCGAAUUCUCAAGAAAAUAUAUUUAAAAUGCUUGUUCGUACAUUGGGUAAUGAAAAUGAACAAACUGAACCAAUAAUAGAAUUGCCAUCAAUAAAAAAUAAUGAAAAGUCUAUUCCAUUAUUCUUCAUUCCUGGUAUUGAAGGGCAGUGUGUAGUAUUUGAGCCAUUAUGUUCAAGACUGAAUCAUCGAUGCUAUGGUUUACAAACACCUUUUGAGGAUUCUACUAAUGAUAUUUCUACACUUACACAAAAAAUGGUUUCAAUGAUAAAAUCUAAAUUAGAGAAAAAUGAAGAUUAUGGUAUUGUUGGCUACUCAUACGGUUCUAUAUUAGCAACAGAAAUUUAUAAAGAAUUAGAAAAAUUAGGCCAUAAAGGUCGUUGCUUAUUUAUUGACGGAUCUCCAUCAUUCAUUAAAAGAUUGGUUAGUGAACAAUUUUCAGCGACAGAUAAAAUAACAGCGAACAUAAUAGAAUCAAAACUGUUAGUACAUCUUUUGUCAAUGUUUGUUUCAGAAAAUGUAACAAAUAUUUUGAGUGAACUCGAAAAUUUACCAGAUUGGAAAUCACGAGUGGAUCUAUCAAUAUCAAAAAUACCCGAAGGUGAAUCAUUAUAUUCUGAGAAAUAUAUUCGUACAUUUUGUAAUGGCUUGUUGGCACGAUUUCAAUCAGUUAUAAAUUAUAACAUUUCCGAAGAAAAUAAGUUAAAUGUUCCGGUUGCGUUAGUUCGUCCUACCAUUCAAGUGUUAAGUGAUAUAUCUGAAGACUAUGAUUUAUCGAGGUUGGUGGAUACAGAAUCAUCGAAGAUUGCUAUAACCGUAUUGGAUGGUGACCAUUACACAGUUUUAGAAAAUUCAUCCCUACCAAAUUUAGCAAAUGAAUUCUUUUCUUAAGAGUAGUCUUAUUAAAGUUUUUCCCCAAUUAAUAUUACUUUAAUAGUAUC